UUCGACACUGCACAUGUUAGCUAUUGCUGUCGCUCUGAUAUUGUAAAACAUUCUGCUGAAGUUUCUAUUUUAUAGGGUAGAAGGCUUUGCAUGGCUCACACCAUAUGGUAAAUUUGGGUGUCUGAAGACUGCACUGAUUAUCACUUCACUUCUACACGGUCGUUUUGGUUUACCCUUUGAAAGCUGACUGAAUUGAAAGGAAUUCAACGUUGAGUUAGCUAGAACUGUUUUGAUUCUUUUGUCGUUUAUAAUUGAGACAUAUAAUGACAACACUGCUGAUUUCGACUGCGAAUAGCGAUCUGGUCUAGCUAGCUAACAAACCUUUAAUGACUUUACUUGAUAGUUUUGCUACUAACUGCACUGCUAGCCCAGCCACAGCUGACCAGUACACGUGUUUCUUUCCUCCAUUACCUGGCUGGCUGCACUUUCCCCCCCUUUUCCCCGUUAUCGCGCGGUUCCAACGUUAUUUGGAUCAGUGUUUGCAGCACUUUCAGUCCUUUUGGCGCCUUAGUGCGUGCUUGUAUUUGUUUUAAAACUUUCAUAUGAAUAUGGGAGGAACCGAGGAAGAAGUGUGAUCUAGAUGCACCCGCGAAGACAGCUGGAUUUAAAUGAAGUGGAUUUAAACGAGAAACCCCCUCCUCUGUUUCUCUACGGAAGACGGACACCACACUGACAACAGCGAGUGUAGUGCAAGCGGGGGCGUAGAUGGCAGCGAAGGCGCAGCGUUAUUUUGCUGACCGGGGACAGGAGAAACUGAAGAAGACAUCCGACGAAGGCAAGCGCAGGCGAAAAGGAGCAGACGGCGGCGCCGAGGGACGUGGGAGGGCAGCGCGCCUCGACGCCACGUCGGUGGGCUACUUCCGCCGAGUCGGCGACAGACUGCGCGAGGAGUUCGCGGACGACGAGGAGCGAGCUCUCUUUGUAGAGAAUGUGCUUACAGAGGUGAAAGGGAAGGCCGGCCUUGUUGCCAUGGACAUGACAGGCAGUCUGGCUUUCCAGCAGCUGCUGUCAUUGGCUGACCCUGCCCAGGUGGGGAACAUGCUGGCUGAACUGGGUGGUGAGAAAGGGUCAGAGUUCAAACUGAUCUCAUGUGACCGAUGUGGAGGUCAUGUCAUAGAAAGUGCCCUCAGGCAAAUGGCCAGGUGGACAGAAGGCAGCCCCUCAGAAGAGAAGAGUAACAUGUCAAACGAACAGGAAGAAUCAGAGGCAGGGGGUUGUGGGAUGCUUGAGGCUCAGGUGCUGUGUCUGUGCCAAGGGGUGAGGGAGAACAUUGUGGACUUCAUCAAAGACCCUCAUGGAUCCCAUGUGCUCCGGACACUUAUCCACGUCCUCAGCGGCUGUUCCGUUCAAGAACAGUCUGACCCCCGUCCAGCAAAAAAGCAGAAAAAACAAGAACCUGAGCUCACAGACUUUGAUGCACCCACAUCAUUUUGGUGGGAGCUGAAGUACCUUUCAGACUCUCUGAUGGAAAAUGUCAAUGUGUGUGCCACACACCCUAUAGCCAGCACCGUGCUCCAGACCCUGCUGGCCAUUUGUCACAGGAAGAGACCCAUCCUGGGCAAGAAACUGAACAAAGGCAUCAUGGGAUACCUAACCUCUCUCAGUUCAGCUCCUGGUGUCAGUCCGCUCUUGGUGUUUCUCAAAGACAAGACCUGCAGUCGCCUCAUUCAGACAGUGCUUAAGUUCUCUCAUAAAGCCCUCCUCCGGGACAUCUACAAGAACCAUCUUAAGAACCAAAUGAUGCCUCUGGCUCUUCAUUGCUUUGCCAACUAUCCAAUCCAGACCCUUAUAGCAGCCUCAGUUAAUUACAAAGUGUUCCUGAAGGUGUGCGACGAGCUUGCAGACGGCUUAGAGGCCAUUUUGGCAGCGGGACAUAUGGGCGUCAUAGUGCAGCUGGUGGAGAGUUGCGUGCAGAGAGAGGAGCGGCAGGCGAAGGUGAUGAAGUGCCUCCUUCAGGCUUUCCACUGCUGUGAGCCAACCACACGACAUCUCUCCUGCCUCCCCGUCUUCCUGUCCUUACUGACCUAUGAGGUGUACUACAACUCGGAGACAGCAGAGGGCGACACUGCCCUUCAGCGCCCCCUGUCAAUCUGCUACCAUGGCUCCUGUCUGGUCCAGGCGCUGGCCUGCUUCAAAGACCGCUCGCUCCUGAUGAACAGCCUGCACAGCCUCCGUCCGGCCGAGCUGCUGUCACUGGCCACGCACCAGAUGGGGAGCCAUGCCCUUCAGGCCCUCAUCACUCUCUCCAGUGACAAAGGGAAGGGCAAGAUCUUAAGGAAACUGGAGGGACUGUACACCCAGUUAGCCUGCUCAAGAUAUGGCAGUCGUCUUUUGGAGGCUGUGUGGAGCAGUGCCAGCAUUAGCCAAAGACAGGGCAUUGCGGAGCAGCUGGUUCCUAACGAAUCACAGUUGCGAUCGGAUCAGUUCGCUCGUCACGUCUGGGCUAAGUUUGGCCUAACCCAUUUUCAAAAGAGACGUGGCGCAUGGAUGGAGCUCCAGACAGGAGAGUCUAAGAAGAGGAAGAUGUUCAGUGACAUUCUGGAGUGACUGCAGCUUUUUAUAAACAAAAGCGUUGAAGCAUUGUAAUUCCUCAGGAGUUUGGUUCAGUUACGCAGUACCGUUCGCAUUUCACGUUUUCCUGUGUAGGAGACGUGGCUUUCAUACAUUUUCCACGCAAACAAAAUAUGGAUAUUUUUCUAUUUUUUUUCUUUUUUUUUUGCAUUCAUCCUUUCACCAAUAACGUCAUUUUUCAUGUAAAUAUAAACCGUCGAUGUACUACUACACCUCCGAUGUAAAGUGUCUGUGACGUUAAAGUCAGUCUUUUCCCCCAGCUCCAUCUCCCAGUGUGUGGUUCUGCACAAGAACGAUGGCGGUGUGGUGCUGACAGUGGUGGCUAAGAUAUGUGUGAGAGCUAUUGCAGAUAGACGGAGCGGAGUGCAGCUGUGCUGACCCCCCCAACCCUCCCACCACCCCACCCGUGUUCUUCCUCUAUCUGAGUGGGAGAGGCGAGGAGGACCUACGGCGCUGCGGACCACAGCGGUCUGACAGGAGGGGCACCGUGACAUUCCCCUGCCAGACUCCCUUGGCCGAGUCUGCACCGAAGCCCGACAGAAAGCUUUCACACGAGGGCCCGCGGAAAGUCAAACAACUCUCGCUAACAGCCAUUAGCUGCCGCUUAACGCAGAAACGCGCUAAAUUAAUAGGCCGUGGUGGUUGUGUCUAGGGCUACUUUGUGUCAUUCAACUGCAGAGGUGUGUGAGGUUCAGUGUGGUCCAUUAAAGAACAAUAACAAUUUUAUACUAUAGACUUAUAGCCUUCUAUAGUCUUAAGGGACUUCCGUGUAGUGCUGUGAAAUGGUUCUCUUGAGACUCAUGUAUGUGGCUCAUAGCUCUGAAGGGCAAAUAUUUAAAAAUGCAAGCAGUAGUUCUAAUGUGUAACUUACAGAUUGUGUCAUAGGAUGAAGUCGGUUCUCAUCUAGCCCCCCCUAUAGCUUUUUCAUUUGCAAUUAUGCCACAAUAGUGAUUCGGACCUGAUUGUUAGAACUGCACGUGUUGUGAACGGGUAUCUGGCUUUCAAAUACUAAAGCUCAACCUGGUUAAAAUUAAUAUUUUGCAUAUAGGAAUAGCUGGAUGCUUGGUUCCACACAUGUCCUGCUGCACAGUUAUCCUCUGGCAGCGUUGUCUCUUCCAUAGAUUAACUCAUUAUGGCACCUUAAGUGUCAAACUCUAGGGAACGGCAGGCCUUUUCUCUGUGGCCCAGUGACAGUCAUCAGGGUUGAUUCUCCCAUAGGGUCUUGAAUGGUGGGGAUUUCCUGGGGGGGGGAGCAGGGGGAUACUCCGCUGCCUUAGCCCCCUUCCCCCUCAUUAGCAAUCCGUUGAUGGAUAGCAAGGCUAAUUGUGGGCCUACAGACCAGCGUUGGACCUGCCCAUCUGCUCCUGAUAUGCAGCUGUGAAUGCUUAUCAGUUAGAAGGUCCUUCAGUGGAGUUUCUCCAGCUGGACUCUCUCCCUCUCGCACUCUUUUUCUCUCAUGCACAUAAAUAGUCAUCAAAACUAGUUGAUGGCGCUGCGCUAUAGUUGCUAGCUUCAUUGUGGCGCUGAGAUAACAUUUGCAUUCUAUAAAGCACUUAAGUGCAAUUUUUUUUUCAGUUCUCUUGGUUCGCAUGUGUGUUCUCACGCCAAGAUACUGUAGAACAUGUUUAACAGAUGAAAUGUACACCAAGAAAAUGAUUUUUGUAUAUAAAAGUUUUUUUGUGUUCUGUGGAUUCAUUGUACAUGCAGGCACUAACAGGUAUAUGUGUUCUUGCAGAGGUUGUUUCAAAUUGUAACAUUUCAUUUUUGUCAUGUUUGUUAAUGGGCAUUUUAUCGAUGGAUUUACUGUUCUUUUGAGUUCUUUUGAAUUAAUCUGUGACAUAAGAACUGUUUGCUGAUGAGAGCUCCUUAUCAACAAAAAGCCAAAUGUAUUUAACACUGUUCAUGAUGGUCAGUGUCUUAACAUGUGAUCAUUUAACACUGUUCAAGAUGGUCGGUGUCUUAACGUGAUCAUUUAACACUGUUCAAGAUGGUCGGUGUCUUAACGUGAUCAUUUAACACUGUUCAAGAUGGUCGGUGUCUUAACAUGUGAUCAUUUAACACUGUU